CCCGUUCCUCCCCGCUGCCUGAUGUUUUCAAUAACGGGCGAGCGAGGGAAUAAAGGAGGGGGCCCCAUAUUCCGCUCCCUACAACAGUGACCCGGCUGUCAUUUUCCUCGAGUGGGAAAGGGUGGGCAGGGAGGUUUGAAAAGCCUGCUCGGUAUCUCUGGUGCUGGCUGCGUGUGACUGCUCGCAGUGUUCCUGUGCGUGGCUAGAUCAAAGCCCUGGUCCGGCAUGGCUUUCCCCGCUGCACUUCCUCACGGAGGCGCAUGAAAAUCAGUGGCUGUCAUCUGAAGUCUAUCAUGCCUUUUCUGGGGCAAGGUGUACGGCACAGCAGGUCUGGAGAAAAAAAAAAGAAAAAAACAACUCAGCUGCUUAUGUUGUGAAUAAAGCUUUGAAACUCCUACCCAUACAACUUUGCCUUUGCCUGGACUCAGAAGUAAGUGACAUUCACAUUCUUAAUCAAAACAGAUUUUAAGAACUAAAGGAAGAUGUCCUUUUUCCCUAAAAUUGCUUUCCAAAAUGAGGUUGAAGAGUAUCUCGCCAAAGUGUUCAGAAAUAAUGAGCUUAUCGCUGCUUUAGGUACACAGGAGGCAGAGAAUAAAUACCAAUCUCUGUUAAGUCAUCUGUCUCAUCCACCAGCUUUUACAUCUGUAAGAGUAAAUACUCAUUUGGCCUCAGUGAAACAUGUGAAAAAAUUGCUGUUUGAAGAGAUCCAGAAGCAAUUUAAAGGACUACGUGUUCCAGUUCUCGAGCACCCAAACCUUCAGGACAUUUUAUUAAUUCCUGUCAUUGGACCCAGGCGAGAUUUAAUGAAACAUGCAUCUGAAGUCAUAGUUGGAGCCCAGUGUGGAUAUGCAGUACUUCGAGGAGCACACGUUUAUGUCCCUGGAAUUGUAUCCACCUCAAGAUUUGUGAAAGCUGGAGAUGUGGUUUCGGUGUAUUCAGAUAUUGAAGGGAAAUGCAAAAGAGGAGCCAAAGAAUUCGAUGGAGUCAAAGUUUUUCUUGGAAAUGGGAUUUCAGAACUCAGUCGCAGUGAAAUCUUCAGUUCAAGUGGCCCACUGAAGGGGCUGGGUAUAAGAAUGAUAGAGCCAGUCUACCUUAGUCCUUCAUUUGACAAUGUGCUCCCUAAUCAUUUGUUUUUACAGAAUUUACCUUCUGUGGUCGUGAGCCAUAUUUUGAACCCUCAACCAGGAGAGAAGAUUUUGGAUAUGUGUGCUGCACCUGGAGGAAAAACAACCCAUCUUGCAACAUUAAUGCGUGACCAGGGUGAAGUAAUAGCCAUGGACAAGAUAGCUAACAAGGUCAAGAAAAUCAAGCAGAAUGCUGAAUUGUUACAGCUGAAUUGCAUUAAGGCCUUUUGCUAUGAUGGAACCAAGGCCCUUUCAGUUGAGAAGAGAGAGGAUAAACAAGAAGGACCUCCAUUUUUACCAGAGUCAUUUGAUCGAAUUCUUCUUGAUGCUCCAUGUAGUGGGAUGGGACAGAGACCAAACAUGGCUUAUUCCUCAACUUUAAAGGAAGUGACCUCAUAUCAGCCGCUGCAGCGCAAGCUUUUCACCGUGGCAGUGAAGUUGCUGAAGCCAGGAGGUGUUUUAGUAUAUAGUACAUGUACAAUUACACUUUCUGAAAAUGAGGAGCAAGUUGCUUGGGCCCUGAAAACUUUUCCAUGCCUCCAACUUCAUCCACAGGAGCCUCACAUUGGAGGAGAAGGCAUGAAGGGAGCUGGACUAUCACUUGAUCAGCUGAAGCUGCUGCAGAGAUUUGAUCCAUCUGCUGUGACAUUGCAAGGAAUGGAUAUUAAUUCUUUGCAAGAUUCCAGAGAAGAUGACCUGAUUUCAUUGGCAAAUAAGGACUGUAUAGGAUUUUUCAUUGCAAAAUUUAUUAAAUCGAACAGUAAAUAAGGAUUUGGGAAUGCAACCUGAAAAAAUACCUCGGUGAGUCUAAGAACAGUUCAGACGUGCAGUGCCUUUCUUCCUGCUGCAAUGUUGCCAAGCCAACCGGCUGACGGCAGGGUUGCUAUGGCAGCACUAAAUCUGCCAGCUGUUCUGAUGGGAAAGAGCCACAGGUUGCAGCAGAAAAGUCAUGGUUGGGGGAAGGGGAGUAUCGUUGUAAGUCUCCCUCUGCUUUUGUAUUUACAGCAGGUCAGUGUCUGAAUGACAACUAUGUUCACUCAUACCGCUGUCUGCUCUGGUUUUCCUUGUCUGGUGCGGUAAGUGUAGGAAGGGGAUGGAAGCUACUUUAUGAAAUGCAAACAUAAAUAAAAUAGACAGGAACUAUUACAAUGAAUUUUGGAAAGGGUAGUUUCUGUGGAAGUUUACCAAUAAUUAGUUUCCUUAAAUAGUGCUUCUCAAAACACUGCAACGUUUUACAAAGAACUGUUUUAUAAAUUGAUACUUAGAACCUCAUUUCUCUUUUAUUUUAAUACAAGCAAGAGUCUCUGUACACAUAGUAUAUACACAAAAUACGAUUAGGCUUUGUAGCAUGUCUUUUAUAGCAGCAUGAAUAUAUUAAACCAUCUCACUCUGGGAAUGUAAAUAAAUAUUGUUUCAACAUCAAACUUCCCAUGCAUAAACUGUAUUGGUUCUGAAAUAGCCUAUUGGACUGGCUGACAAGUGACAAUUUUAAAAUCAGACAUUUGUAACAGAAGGGGCUACAGUUAUGAUUAAUAUAUCAAAGGACAGAAAACAAUGCAUAAUACCAUCUGAAAUGUUGCAAAUCACCUUUCAAACAACUAAGGAUGUUAACUCUUCAUUGGUUAGAAAGCAUCACCAGCUAAAAUCAUACGAAAAUUGAAACUGGGGAAGCAUGCUAAUGAAAACUGCCUUAGUACAUUGUUCAAAUUUUAAAUAAUCUAAGUUUCUUAAAGAUGUUAAAUGUAUUUGAAAAUUCUGCUUCAGUUCCAGUUUGAACAGUAUUCACAGUCCUGCUGGAACUGACAAUAGCACUAAAAUUAGAAGGAAAGCUAAGGACAAUGGAAAAACAGAAACUGACAUCUGUAUGUGUGUCUGGUGUUUUCCUCAUCAAUUUCCAGUUUUAAAAAGCAUUAUCUGAAAAACAUCUGUCUUUUCACACAUAAGUAUUCAGUUUGAUUAAAAAGAGCAAUAGUUCUUUUAUCAUUUGUCUUUCUACUGUCUGAAGUGCUUUUAGUAUUUGCUCUCAAUCAAAACGAUCUACACAAUUCUCUUCCUCAGUAGUCUGGUUGUUUACUUAUGUUUUCCAUAAAUGUUUUGAUACUGUAUGUUUUCUACUGCUCUUGAAUAAAACCCAAAUGUUUCUUCUGUCCUGCCAAUGAUUAGUACAUCCUCUGUAAGGCUUAUCCUAGCAGGAUAGGAAAAUUCUUGUUUACUACUUCUCUACUUCUGUUGGUCAUUCCUUGCCAUUAAAUACAACAUGUCUAAAGA